UCUCUGCUCUUUCCCCAGAUCAUAGUUUUCCUCCUUGCCACACCAUGUGUCUGACACCCAAAUUUUCAGUUCCUAUACUCUCUUUUCUUCUUCUUUUUCUUGUUCUUCCUCUCAUAGUGACCGGUGAAUCUUCUUCUAUUCACGAGGUCCUUCACGACCAUGGCUUGCCAGCUGGACUCUUCCCUCAGAGUGUCAAGUCAUUCAAUUUGGACCAAACGGGUCGUUUGGAGGUGAACUUGGAUCGUCCAUGCUUGGCUCAGUAUGAAACAACAGUGUUCUUUGAUAGUGUUGUGAGGGCUAACCUUAGUUAUGGGCAGCUCAAGGUGUUGGAGGGUAUGUCAAGGGAAGAACUUUUCUUGUGGCUACCUGUGAAGGAUAUCAUAGUGACUGAUCCAUGUUCGGGACUCAUUCUUAUUGAUAUUGGUCUUGCCUACAAACAUCUCUCUGUCUCUCGUUUUGAAGACCCCCCAAUUUGUAGGUCUCAAGGUCUUUCACUUCAGAUAGGUGGAAGGAAGGGUAUUGGAUUUCAAGAUCAGAGAUGAAAGAUUGUUUGUUUGUCUGAAAGGAUGGCUUCUUAUUUUCU